AUGUGCCGCUGUCAAAAGAAGGCACAAGGAAUUUAUGAUAAGACGGAAAUUAAUGGAUCCAAGCACCUUGGAGGUCUGUGGGCAAAGAUUAAAGAUGAAUUAGAAAGUAUUACUGAUGCUAUUGCGAAUUCAAAAAAUCAAAGAGAUGGUAUCCUCGAUCAAAUUGUCAAAGGUUUCGGCGACUAUGCCGAUGGUUUCAAAGUUAGUUUCGAAAAGGGUGCUGGGAAGUUGGUCGAAAGCAUUGGAAAAGUAGACCUGUUUAUUGGUGGCUUGAUGCUUAUGUUGGUGUCAACAAGAACGGAUUUGGUGGUAGUUUGGGAAAGGAUGUAA